AAACUAGCUUCCAAUUUGCCCCGAACUUCAAACUCAAAGUUUAGGGUCCUCAGAGCAGCAAGGCUACAAUGGCUCUGCAGAAGUCCCUCAUCCUGCUCCCAUUGCUUGUCCUGGUGUUUGGAUGGGUCCAGCCUUCGCUGGGCAAGGAAACUUCUGCCCAGAAGUUUGAGCGGCAGCACAUGGACUCAACCGGCUCCUCCAGCAGCGCCACCUACUGCAACCAGAUGAUGAAGCGCCGGAAUAUGACCCAGGGAUACUGCAAGCCUGUAAACACCUUUGUGCAUGAACCCCAGGCAGAUGUUCACGCUGUCUGCUCCCAGGAAAAUGUCACCUGCAAGAACGGGAAUUCUAACUGCUACAAGAGCCACUCCGCCCUGCACAUCACUGACUGCCGUCUGAAGGGCAACUCCAAGUACCCCAAUUGCGACUACCAGACCAAUCAGCUGCAGAAGCACAUCAUCAUAGCCUGCGAAGGGAACCCCUUUGUGCCGGUCCACUUUGAUGCUUCUGUGUAGGGCUUCACCUAGGCCAAAGCAGUCAGAUGUCUCUGUCUCUCCACCUCAUCAUGCCAGUACCUGCCCCUCCCGUUCUCAUUCUUUCCCAGAAAGAAAUAGUCCCUGUUAGGGCUUCCACAUGACCAAACAUGCUUCUCUCUGCUGUGCUGUGCUCCUGCAUGGAACAAAGAAAGCAAGGUAGCCCUCGCCAGAAUGUGUCCCUUCAACCUGACACUUCCUUGACUUCAGAAUCAUGAAGCAAA